GUAGAUGAAGAGCCCUGGCGUCCUUUCUGUUCCCACAGCGACUUUGAAUUUGCGGAGAUUGCACUCAAUGCCGCACUCAAUAAAUCACAAAUUAAUGCACUCCUUGCGCUCAUUGGUUGCAUAUCGAGAGGAGAGAGCCAGGGUAACUUUCUCAAAUGA